GCUGCACAAGAGUCACUCCCACUAACUUAGGCCAAAGGGCCCGGCAGCUCCCUCGAUUCCGGAGCCGCCCCACUUGGUCCGUGGUCUUCAAGUCCAGCCCAACAAUUCAAGCGCUCUUCUCUUUUCUCUGAACAUGAUGGUCUUGCCAAUCACCCACAGUGAGCAUGGCUGAUCCGCCCGUCGACGAGGCUCAUGUUGCGGUGGAAGAAUUAUCGGAAGACCUUGAUUCUGCGUACGGCGGAGACGAACUGUACGUUGAUGGAACCCACUACGAGCUCGGUUCUGUCUGCUGAUCACCAGAGGAAAAGAGCCAGUUUCACUGGUUCCCUGAGUUAUAGCGCGACAAACUACAAAUGGGAACAUGGUCGACGGUAUCAAAGCUUCAGAGAAGGGAGUAAGACAUGAUCGAUGUUGCAAGAUGAAACCGCGAGUGCUAAAAGACCUCAAACAGCUUACAAUUUUCCCAAUGAUGAGGAAGAACAGGAGCGCUACGACAUCAUGCACGCGGUGUUUCUCACCGCCAUGAAUGGCAACCUUUUUUUGGCCCCACUGAAACAGGACUUGGGCCGCAUCUUGGACAUUGGCACAGGCACAGGAAUUUGGGCGAUCCAAAUAGGCGACCUGUUCCCAUCUGCCGUCGUGAUCGGAAACGAUCUAAGUCCCAUCCAGCCACGAUGGGUACCGCCCAAUGUCACGUUUGAGGUGGACGAUGUCGAAAGCGAGUGGCAAUAUUCACGGUCGUUCGACUAUGUCCACUCUCGCUAUAUGGCAGGUUCGGUCGCAGACUGGCCUCGUCUAAUGUCCCAAUGCUACAACCACCUGACACCCGGCGGAUGGGUCGAGUUUCAAGAUUUCGAUCUACACAACUACUCCCAGGACAAUUCCAUCCCGCCUGACAAUAAGGUGCUGGAAUGGUACAACCUGCUCAUGGAAGGCUGUGAGAGAAUUGGACGGACUGCUUCUCCCGGCCAGCACUUGGAAUCUUGGGUCCGAGACUCCGGAUUCACAAAUAUCCAUCAUAAGACUUUUAAACUGCCGCUGGGGGCGUGGCCGAAAGAUGAGAGGAUGAAACGGGUUGGUGCCCUAAAUCUUCUCCAGCUUCUCGAAGGCCUCGAAGGUCUCACACUAGCGCUUUUCACGAGAGCUCUAGGAUGGUCGACGGAGGCCAUUCACGUGUAUCUAGCGGCAGUCAGGAAAGACGCGAUGAAGAAAAGAGUGCAUAUGAUUCACGACUUUCAUGUGGUCUAUGCACAAAAGCCUAUGACAAGCUCGACAUCCUCCGAGUGAUACGACGGUGUUUCCUUUGCUUCAGCCUACGGGCCUAUUCAUGCAGCAGGUACGAGGGUGACGGAAAAGUUAGAGAAGACAUGGUCGAUUAGUCUUUACAAAGGGGGAAUGCCAUUCCAUUCUCUGACAGGAGUCUCAUGACCAUGGACCAAGAUACCUACACAUCCAUAUGCUGUUGUCAUUUUUAUCUUAAUUGAGCUCUAACCCUCCCGGCUCGAUACAAUGGUCUAUCCUUGAGAACGAACCUCUACUUUUAUUGCGUCUUCCAGGACGGCGUCUAUAGUACAGUAGUGUAGUAGAUGUCAACCUUUCCCCUAGAAAGGAGGCAAC